UGGGCCCAAGCCCACUCAAGGAAGCCUAAACCCUAUAUAAGGAGGCCUAACCCUCCAAACUAAAGGAUCCUCUCUUCCCUUCCCACACUCUUACCUUAAGGUCUCUCUCUAAACUCUCUCUCUAUAUACCAUAAACCGCUUCCUAUAUCGUACUAACUUGGGCGUCGGAGCGUAGAUCCCGGGGGCCGCCCCCCGCCUCACAGGUUCUUCCACUCCCGAGGAGAUCAGAUGAGGGAGUCCAGAUCGGAGCCCCAUAACCGCCUAGUACAUUCUAGGCUAAAACAAAAACAAUCAUCCAAACACGCUGCUAAUAGACAUGGAAUAAUUUAAUUUAAGUGAGGGUAUGAUUCUAAUAGUAUUUCUUCUUAUUUGAUGAAUUUGAUAAAGGCCAUGAGAUAAGAAAUUGAAGCGUUCACCUCGUAAUAAUUUUGGCUCCUCGUCUUAUUAAGCGGUCUGCCGCCGGCUGGCCGUUAUGUAACGGUGGCAGCUAUUUUUUAUUUCUUGAAACAAGCUAGACGGCGCCGUCUCAUUGUCAACCAAUUGCCCAAUAAUUCUAAUAUUCUGAAGAAAUUUCUUGGGAAAACGAAGAAAGAAACGAUUCCUCUGAAUCUUUCGUCUUAUUCUCUCCGUCCGGCCGUCCCAUCCUCGGAUUCUUCCAUUUCGAUCCACUCCAAAGCUUCCUCCCUCCUCCUCCUUUUCUUAUUACUCCAGGAAUCCGGACUGUUCCGUUUGUCUAAUAGCGCUCAAUUGUCCAGCCGGCAAGGUGUUUCACCACCAGCAAUCAUAUAAAUGGAUAAGCAACAUCCGAAUUCCAGGUGAUUGAUUGAGUUAGGGCGAGUGUGGACGCAGAAAUGGACGCCGGUAAUCCCAGAGACGAAGAGUCGCCAUUAGUCGCUGCUGGUCAAAAUUCGCAGGUUGGGAAACCGACGAACCACACCAGAGAUGUCCAUAUUCUGAGCUCCGCGUUCUUGCUCAUUUUUCUCGCUUAUGGAGCUGCUCAGAAUCUCGAGACUACAGUCAAUUCGCAGGGGGAUUUGGGGACGAUUUCGCUGGGGAUACUGUAUGUGUCCUUCACUAUCUUCUCAGUGACGGCAUCGUCGGUGGUUCGAGCUUUGGGUUCCAAGUAUGCGAUUGUUCUUGGGACUACAGGGUAUUGGCUGUUUAUUGCUGCCAACUUGAAGCCCUCAUGGUAUACUAUGGUACCAGCUUCUGUUUACCUGGGCUUUGCUGCUUCAAUCAUAUGGGUUGGGCAGGGUACAUAUCUCACUUCAACAGCACGAAGUCAUGCAAGUGAUCACAAUUUGCACGAACCAACGGUCAUUGGCAGCUUCAAUGGAGAAUUUUGGGGCAUGUUUGCUGCUCACCAGUUUGUAGGAAACCUCGUCUCCCUUGCUCUCCUGACGGAUGGAUCGGAUGGAAGUACAAGCGGCACAACUUUGUUGUUCGUUGUGUUUCUAUGCUUUAUGACCUUAGGCACCAUUCUAAUGUGCUUCAUUAGCAAAAGGGAUGGCAAAAGAGGAGAAGCAGCAGCAGAAUCCCCCAACGGGUUUUGUUCUUCUUUUGUAUCGCUGACAAAGGGUAUCAUCACCCCUUUGCUUGAUAUACGGAUGUGGUUAAUCAUCCCUUUGAUAGCAUAUUCAGGAUUACAGCAGGCAUUCGUAUGGGCUGAAUUUACAAAAGAAAUUGUGAAACCAGCUAUCGGUGUCUCUGGGGUUGGAGGUGCUAUGGCAGUUUAUGGAGCCUUUGAUACCAUUUGUGCACUGACUGCUGGUCGGCUUACAUCGGGUCUUGCAUCAAUAACAUGGAUAGUAUCCUUUGGAUCUAUUCUUCAAGCUCUUGUCUUCCUCUGGAUUCUGCUGGGUUAUAGUUUGACCAGUGGUGUACUCGGUGUGCUGUACCCGCUCCUGAUGGCAGCUAUGCUGGGAAUUGGUGAUGGAGUGCUGAACACUCAGCUGAAUGCUUUGCUAGGCAUAAUUUUCAAGCAAGAUAUGGAAGGAGCAUUUUCUCAACUAAAGCUGUGGCAGAGCGCUUCGAUUGCAGUCGUCUUCUUUCUCAGCCCGUACAUCUCUCUGCAGGCCAUGCUCCUGAUCAUGCUGGUCGCGUUACUCGUAGCAGUGGCUUGUUUCCUGUUUCUAUCUCUCCAGGUAGAGAAAACUUUCUCCAAUCCUCGCGCUUCUUGACCGAGAAGUUGGUCAGUUGUCACCGAAGAAAGAUGGAUUGUUGUUCAUCUCAAAAUCCUCAUCUGUUGUUGUUACAUGUAGCUUGCUGUAAUAUUUUAUCAUAACACUUGUUCCACGUCUACACCUCAGCCCUCAGGUGGUUUUGAGUAUCUAUUUGGUCCUCCAACUUGUAGAUAUGUAUCGCAUUUUAGCCAUUUCAACUUUCAUAGUCGAUGGGUAUGGUCACAAGUCACAACUCGAACCAAUCUGUAUUGCAGAGUGGUUCUCCUCUGCCGUUGAAUAUCUGCUCUGAACUCCCACCCCACUACAGAAAAAUUCCAAAUAUG